AUGGUUAAAUACGAAACUGUAAAGUUAGCAACUGGUGCUGAUUUACCGCUUUUUGGUUUGGGUACAUGGCAAUCCACUGAUCCAGAAGCUUUAACAACAGCACUAAAGACAGCUCUGGAUGCUGGUUAUCCAUUAAUUGAUACAGCUUAUAUUUAUCGUAACGAAGCUACUAUUGGAAAAGUAUUGCAUGAAUAUUUCACUUCUGGCAAAUUAAAACGAGAAGAUAUCUUUAUCACAACAAAACUACCAUUUAUGGUACAUAGACCGGAUGAAAUCGAAGGAUUGGUGAAGAAACAAUUGGAAAAUUUGCAUGUGGAUUAUUUUGACCUCUAUCUUAUCCACUGUCCAUGUCCAUGCAAACAUCGACCUAAUGACACACCGGAUAACUAUCAACUGCUACUGAAGGAUGGAAAGGUAGUUCCGGACUUGGUUGAUCAUAUGGAAACCUGGAAAGUGCUGGAAAAUUUGUAUAACAAAGGAAUACUGAAAGCUAUUGGUUUGUCUAACUUCAAUGUAGAACAAAUGCAAUAUGUUCUUGACAAUGCAACUGUAAAACCACAUAAUAUACAGGUGGAGACACAUCUCUAUUGGCCGCAAAACGAGCUUUAUGAACUUUGCAAAAAGAAUAAUAUAACAAUGACAAGCUAUUCUACACUUGGUUCACCAGGAAGAACGGCUUUCAAUCCAGACUUUAAUUGGCCUAUUGGUGAACCUAUGAAGGAUCCUUUGGUUUUACAACUAGCCGACAAAUAUAAGAAAUCAUCAGCUCAGAUACUUCUACGUCAUAUGACACAGCGUGGUAUUUCUACCAUUCCUAAAAGUAUUAAUCCAGACAGAAUACUCAAAAAUUUUGACAUUUUUGAUUUUAAAUUAACAAAAGAGGAAAUCAAACAAUUGGAUGACGUAAAGACACGUGUUCGUCUUUUUCUUUUUGAUAUGCUUUUUGAUCAUCCAUGGUAUCCAUUCAAAGAUGUUGACGUAUCGAAAAUGAAGCGCGUAUAUCUCAAAGAUUGA